AUGGCGGCCCCGGCGCUGGCGGCGGCGCUGGCGAUGGCGGCGGCGGAGGGCCCCAACGCGAGCGGCGCCGGAGAGGGGGGCGGCGGUGGCGGUGGCGGCGCUAACGCCUCGGGGGCUCCCUGGGGGCCGCCCGGGGGCCAGUACUCGGCGGGCGCCGUGGCAGGGCUGGCGGCCUUGGUGGGCGUCCUCAUCGUCUUCACCGUGGUGGGCAACGUGCUGGUGGUGAUCGCCGUGCUGACCAGCCGCGCGCUGCGUGCGCCGCAGAACCUCUUUCUGGUGUCCCUGGCCUCGGCCGACAUCCUGGUGGCCACGCUGGUCAUGCCCUUCUCGCUGGCCAAGGAGCUCAUGGCCUACUGGUACUUCGGGCAGCUAUGGUGCGGCGUGUACCUGGCGCUGGACGUGCUCUUCUGCACCGCGUCCAUCGGCCACCUGUGCGCCAUCAGCCUGGACCGCUACUGGUCGGUGACACGCGCCGUCGAGUACAACCUCAAGCGCACGCCGCGCCGCGUCAAGGCUACCAUCGUGGCCGUGUGGCUGCUCUCUGCGCUCAUUUCCUUCCCGCCACUGGUAUCCUUCUACCGCCAGCCCUACGGUGCCGCCUACCCGCAGUGCGGCCUCAACGACGAGACUUGGUACAUCCUGUCCUCCUGCAUCGGCUCCUUCUUCGCUCCCUGCCUCGUCAUGGGCCUGGUCUACGCGCGCAUCUACCGCGUGGCCAAGCUGCGUACGCGCUCGCUCAGCGAGAAGCGCGCCCCGGGGGCCCCCGACGGCGGCGGGGCGUCCCCGGCCACAGAGAACGGGCACUGUGCGCCCGCGAGCGCCCACCUCGAGCCGGACGAGAGCAGCGCGGCGGCCGAGAGGCGGCGGCGGCGGGGAGCGCUGCGUCGGGGCGGCGGGCAGCGACGGCGGCGCGCGGGCGCCCAGGAGGCCGCCGACGCGCCCGAGCCGGGACUGGAGCCGGGGCUGGAGCCGGGGCCGCCGCCCGGGGCCGAGGCGGGCGCGCUGGCGGCCUCCCGGUCGCCGGCCCCCGGCGGGCGCCUGUCGCGCUCCAGCUCGCGUUCCGUCGAGUCGUUCCUGUCGCGCCGGCGCCGCGCGCGCAGCAGCGUGUGCCGCGGCAAGGUGGCCCAGGCGCGCGAGAAGCGCUUCACAGUCGUGCUGGCCGUGGUCAUGGGCGUGUUCGUGCUGUGCUGGUUCCCCUUCUUCUUCAGCUACAGCCUUUAUGGCAUCUGCCGCGAGGCCUGCCAGCUGCCUGACCCACUCUUCAAGUUUUUCUUCUGGAUCGGUUACUGCAACAGCUCGCUCAACCCCGUCAUCUACACCGUCUUCAACCAGGACUUCCGGCGUUCCUUCAAGCACAUCCUUUUCCGCCGCCGGCGAAGGGGCUUCAGGCCGUGACUCGGGCGGGGGCG